AUGUUCUUCAUCAGCGAGCCCCGCUACUAUCAGGCCCUUUUGGCGGCCGCCAUUGUACUUCUAUGGGGAGUAAUGGCCUGGAACGGCACCAUUGUGGCUCUCGUUACCGCCGCGUGGACCGGAGUGCUCGACGAUGGAAAAGCCCUGCACACCACAUACACGGGUAUAUUCUUACUCGACUUUCCAAUCUCCGUACUGGUAGCCUUCUUCUUUGCGGCCACCGACGGAUCGCAUCCUGACUAUCAACUAUUUGUGAUGGACGCGUAUUCCAUCCUGCAACCUGCAUUUGUCUGGCUGUAUGCAGAUCAGCUACGGCUAAGUUCGCAGCAAAUUUCUACCAAUCCGAUCAUUUGGGGCCUCCUGUGGCAAGCCUUUGGCGGCGCUGUCGCUUUUCCGGCAUAUUUCCUCGUUCGGAUGAAGAUUCGCGACCACCCCUAUCUUCCAGCAGGCAAAAGUGCGACAGCCUCUGCUAGAGCCAUCCCAUUCAGCUUUUUCCUUGGGGCCGUGCUGCCCGCCGUGGUUGGUAUGAUGACGAGGUGGUAUUCGAGGUCCGAUGGUACACACCAAAUAGUGCUGGCCUUGUGGUCUACGGAUCCUGUCUUGGUGUCGCUUAUCCAGCUGCUACUGGUAAAAGCCCAGUCGCCGUGGACGUCCAAGGCAGCUCUAGAACAAACAGACACAACGUCAUGGUGGUUGCGGGUUGCCUUUGCUCUCAGCGCCAUCGUCGCCGGUGUCACGCACGUCUACGCCCUCGGGUCGCUGGUCCUGUCGAAAGGCGACAUGAUGGCGGUGGCGCGAAUCUAUUUCCCCUGGCCGGGCCAAUAUUCACAUGAUGUCGUCCUCCCACUAACAUACGGGCCCUGGUUGUUUCUGAAGUACGACUGGAUUCUUAUGUCGCUGGCAUCGGUUGGCUGGGCAUUUUUCCAGCUGCGCAAGGCUCAAUGCUCUCCCAAAAAUGGCCGGUACUGGGCGGUUGUGUCCACACUACUUUUGGCUGGCUGUAUAUUGCUCGGAGCUGGGUCGACGGUGUCUGUAGCGUUGUUCUGGAAGGAAGGUCUGUUGCAGAAGAAAAGAGGGGCGAAAAACGAAACUAGGCUUUAG